GAUAGAAGAAAAAAAAUCUCAAUUUCUCUCACAAUCUCUUCGAUUGAAAUCUCAUUUUUUUUUUCGAUUUUCAUGUUUGAAAUUGUAUAUACUAUAUCACUAAGAUCGAUUUGUUCUUCUUGUUUGCGUAUAUUCUCCAAAAAAAAAUUUUUUCCUCUUCUGUUGGAGCUUUUAUAGGGAAAAUUCUUCAUUUCCUGGAAAUUAAUUCUAUAUCGAUAUCAGAAAUUCGUUUUUUAUUUUCCAGUUUAAUAUCUGAAUAGAAACCAUGGUGGUAGCAACGACCAUAGCGCUUUACGCGAGUCCAGCGAACACCGUAUGCUCCACACCACACCAGAUAAACGCUCAUGUCUCCUCCUGCGAUCUCGAUCUCAACCCCAGAUCUUCACCGUCCACGGCCUCUCCCACAAUCGGAGGCCUCUCUCUGCUUUUCUCCGGCGCAUCCGUCAAAUCAUCUUCCUCCUCCUCCUCAUCACACCCAGCCGUAGCAGACGAACUAGCUUCCAUACGCCAUGAACGAACCGAGGAUCGAACCUUAAGCGGCUCCUUCUGUCACUCUCCCAGCAAAUUCAUCGCUUCUUCUCCGUAUCUCAAUCGAGACCACCAGAGCCCUGUCUCGAUGCUUCACGGUCCAAUCUCGUCGAGCAACAGUCCUCCGAUGAGAAGCUUCGGCGGCGGCGGAGGAGGAGGAGGAUCGCUCCGUGUAGGAUCCAGCAGAUUGUUCAACGGUUUCGUGAGGAAAGCUUUAGGCUCGUGUGUGGACUUCGACUUAGAUGAGCAGCUACCCUUCACCAUGGACGAUGGCUUCGAAGGCGGAGAGAGAAGACAACCGUACGCUAGAGAUUUACUUAGACGUGCUCAGCUCAAACACAAAAUCUUCGAAGAUGAGUCUGUCGUCAAAGCCUUUUACGAAGCAGAGAAAGCUCAUCGUGGACAGAUGAGAGCAAAUGGUGAUCCUUACUUGCAGCAUUGCGUUGACACUGCUAUCUUACUGGCUGAGAUUGGAGCUAACUCCACCGUUGUUAUUGCUGGCAUUCUUCAUGACACUCUAGACGAUUCCUUCAUGACCUAUGAUUACAUCCUCCGAACUUUUGGUUCUGGAGUUGCUGAUCUUGUCGAAGGGGUGUCUAUGCUUAGCCAGUUAAGUAAGCUUGCUCGGGAAAACAACACGGCGUGUAAAACCGUUGAGGCGGAUCGUCUGCACACUAUGUUCCUUGCGAUGGCUGAUGCGAGAGCUGUUCUCAUUAAGUUAGCUGAUCGGUUACAUAACAUGGUGACGCUCUACGCUUUGCCUCCGGUUAAGCGGCAGAGGUUUGCUAAAGAGACUCUUGAGAUAUUUGCGCCUCUGGCUAAUCGGUUGGGAAUCUCUAGCUGGAAAGUUGAGCUUGAGAAUCUCUGUUUCAAGCAUCUUCAUCCUGACCAGCACCACGAGAUGUCAGCUUUGCUCGAGGACUCGUUUGAUGAAGCUAUGAUUACAUCCGCGAUUGAGAAAAUGGAGCAAGCGCUGAAGAAAGAAGGCAUUGCUUACCAUGUUCUCUCUGGACGGCACAAGAGCCUGUAUAGUAUCUACUGCAAGAUGUUGAAGAAGAAGCUAACGGUGGACGAAAUUCAUGACAUUCAUGGGUUACGUUUGAUUGUUGACAAUGAGAAAGAUUGUUACAAGGCCUUAGGAGUAGUUCACAAGCUAUGGUCUGAAGUCCCUGGAAAGCUGAAGGAUUACAUAACUCAUCCCAAGUUCAACGGGUACAAGUCUUUGCAUACCGUAGUGAUGGGCGAUGUACCCAUUCCACUAGAAGUUCAAAUACGGACAAAAGAGAUGCAUUUGCAAGCUGAGUUUGGGUUUGCAGCUCACUGGAGGUACAAGGAAGGUGAUUGCAAACACUCAUCAUUUGUGCUUCAGAUGGUUGAAUGGGCAAGAUGGGUUGUGACCUGGCACUGCGAAACAAUGAGCAAAGAUAGAUCUUCGAUCUGUUCCUCGGAGCCCUUGUGCAGUUUCCCGUCUCACGCAGAAGACUGUCCGUUUUCUUACAAGCCUAAUGGUAACCAAGAAGGACCCGUCUAUGUCAUUGUAAUCGAAAACGACAAGAUGACAGUGCAAGAGUUUCCGGCGAGUUCCACGGUGUCGGACCUGUUAAGCAGAGCAGGACCAGGGAGCUCGAGAUGGUCAAUGUACAGCAUGCCAGCAAAGGAAGAGCUAAGGCCAAGGCUAAACCAGACACCUGUAAGUGAUCUGAAAUGCAAGCUGAAGAUGGGAGAUGUGGUAGAGCUGACUCCAGCCAUACCCGACGAGUCUCUGCCUGAAUACAGAGAGGAGAUUCAGCGGAUGUAUGAUCGAGGGCUCGCCUUUUCACGCCCUCAACGUACAGCUGCUGCUGGCACAAUGGUUGGCUGGGGAAGCUAACAGAUUCUUCUGUUUCUUAACACAAGAAAAAACAGAGUCCUUGCUUACUGUAUGCAAGUUGUUAUAUAGUAAUGCUUUCAGAAAGAUUUAUUGUACCUUUGUAUCUUGUUUGAUUCCAAGAAAACAGUGUAAAUAAUAUUUGCAUAUAUA